CAACCCGGGCGAGCGGCAGAGGAGCGGGGAGCAGAGGGAGCUGCUCUCCCGCGGGAGGCGGCUGAGCGCCGCGGAUCGCAGCGCGCCGGGGCUGCGGAGCCCCUUCCCUCCUGCCGGGAGAGCGGCGGCGGCGGGAGGAAGAUUUGUUCCUCAGAAACUGCCAAACAUCUGCAUUGUUGGAGCAACUAGAGUUGCAUUUCAGGAUGAUUGGGAGGGCAGUGAGCUGUCUGGGCAGGAGAGCAGCAAGUUCCUACGGUCAAGGGCACCUGACCACUCCUCUCCACUUUCUCCUGCUCUGGGCACCUGACCACUCCUCUUUUACAUGCUAGUGACAGCAAAAUGAUGGUCCAACACUCAGGCCAGGUAUCUGCAUUAGAAGUCAGCGCCUCCGCAAUUGUUCCCACUUUGUCCCCUGCAGGGUCACUGGGGUUUGAUGAUUUCACAAAUUUAACACCCCUGGUGAAGGAGGAACUGAGGUUUGCCAUUCAGAACAAGCGUCAGUUCCACAGGAUGUCUUCCACUUUGGACACGGUGACUGUUUCUGAAAGGCCUGUUGAAACAUCAAUGCUGAAAACAGAGUUUUCUCCUGAAGAGGAUGAAAGAAAAAAGAGAAGAAGGGAAAGGAACAAAAUUGCUGCGGCAAAGUGCCGAAACAAAAAGAAGGAAAAAACAGAAUGUUUGCAAAAAGAAUCGGAGAAGCUGGAGACGAUCAAUGCGGAGCUGAAAGCCCAGAUCGAGGAGCUGAAGAACGAGAAGCAGCAUUUGAUAUACAUGCUCAAUCUGCACAGGCCCACGUGCAUAGUCCGUGCGCAGAACGGAAGGACACCUGAAGAUGAAAGAAAUCUUUUUAUUCAACAGAUCAAAGAAGGCACGUUACAAGGUUAAGUGAUACGGCAAAGGUGGAAAUAUUUAGAGUGUUUUUAACAGCUACCAGAAUCCGUGGGGGAGUCUGACAUAAUGUGUAGGAUUCUAUUAGUCAAGAGCCUUUAGGAAGGGCAGAUUGCUUUCAUGAGUGGAAAGAAUCAUUUUGGCUUGACAGCGAUCCUUGCCCUUGGAAGAUCUGGUCUCAAUCAAACUGAAGAGCCUCCUGCCUCCAAUGUAGGGUUUGCACCUGUCAUACUUGCUGUUCCUAGGAGCUACAGACAACAGCUUCUGAAGUUUUAGCUCUGCUAGCAUACAGUAUCUGCACUCACGAGGUUUGUGCUAGAGCACUAUGACUUCCAGCGAUGCACGGGGUACAGACAGCUCUGCUGGAUGGACACUACUCUUCCUUGUUGCUGGUAGGGAAAGAAGACUGAGUGGUUUUGAAUUUCUGGGAGGAUGGCUUCUGGCAGAAUGUACUGAUGUGUAAUGUUGCAUUCUAACCUAAAACACACACACACAAAAAAAAAAAAAACACCAACCCUGUAGUUCCAACCAAGCUUUGUCAUUUUUUUUCACAGCACUCACGUGGGUUUUUUUCUGUGACUCAUCUCAGCGAAUUUGAAGGGCCUAGUAAGUGUGACAAAGAAAAGUUCCUUGCAAAACAUCUAUGUAGCCUAGCUUGUAUUUUAUGAGCUAUCACCCCAGAUACUACCCCCUGGGGACUACAAUAUUUCCUUGAAUUGCUGAAGAGCAGCUUUACCAUCACUUACUGACUUAGUGACUUGAGCCCACUGAAUUGGAAAGAAGAAACUAACUGUGCAUGGGGUAUGGAUAGAGGUUUUGCUCAAGUAAAGAACUGCAGGAGUGAAUCCCAGACUCCUGAACCUUGACUUUUUUUUUUUUUUUUUUUUUAAAUUCAUCUAGGAUCUAAUCCUGCAAGCCUUAAUUCAUGCUAUUACCCCUCAGUCACAGAAGAGGUUCCAUGGAUGUCAGUGGGUCUGCUUGUGCAGAUAGCUCUUACAGGCAUAGGAGCUUGGCAAGGCUUUUUCCAUCCUGGUCAGGAUUACUUCCUUUUGCCAGGUGACUCAGAGGGAAAAAUUAUGAUUGUAGCUACUUUUGUUUUACCAUUUGAGUGGCAACUACAGUUGAUAAAAAGUGUUAUUUAGAAUCUAAAGGAGGCAAGAGUUUUGAUGUAGUGAAUAAUUGUUUAAUUUUUUUAUUAAAUACUAACCUUGGAUGUUAUUGAACUGGUAGAAGAGCUGCUGGACAAAACAGUUGGAGCUAUGAGUGCUGAAAUUCUGAUGUUUCUGUGAAAUUCUCAGAUUGUUUAUUUCUAUAAAAUAUACCCUUACAAUUUUUUUUGUAAAAGAAAGUAUUAUCCUUAUUUAUCACUAAUAUCAUAAUGAGUAGAGCUAAUAAAUACUGCAAGCAAGAUAAAACUGAAAACACAAGUGUUGCGCUGUCUUUUUACUUUUAUCUCUUGGUGUUUAAUAUUAUAUAUUCCUAAACUUCACCAGUUGUACUUGAGACACCACUAUUAAAAACACUUAUCCUUCAUCUUUUUUGAAGAUGAGGCACUGAGUGUCUUGAAUGAUUGGGUGCAGAUAAUGUACCUUGCAAGAUUCUGUACCUCCAUCAGCAGUGUCUGACUGUUCAAUGUCUCAAUUUAAACAAAACAAAAUACAAGUGGAGCUUACAGUGCAUAAUAUUUUACACCAGUUCUGCAGUGUUGAAAUUGUGUUUUUAUUCUAAAGGCUAAACUUGAAGAUACCUCAGCCAUGAGCUUCUUACCCUGCAAGUCUGGCAUGAGUCCAUCACAUAUUGUACCUGGUCCUCAUAUGAUUGUUAUAUUCUGCAACAGAACUACUUAGUACCAUUUCCUAAGAUCUGGAUAUAUUGUAAUGUCCUAUAUCACGUGUCAAGGGUAUGUACUUCAUGUAUCUGAAAAGUGAAUGUGUUACAAAGAUGACAUUCUAGGUCCAAUUCUGUCUUAAGAAUCCAUGAUCUUUCUGUAUAUUGGAAGGAGGUUCUAUUGACUUCAGUGAGAGUUUUCCCAUGUCCUGUAAGCAGAGUUUGGAGCCUCUGUGGCCACUUCUCUGGUUUAAAGGGCAAGUUCUACAUGUAAUUGGGCCAGCUGUUUACCAGAACAACAGAUCUACAUGGAGUGUGUACAAUAAACUUCUCAAACAAUGUUCAUAAUUUGACUUCUGUAAUGUGGAAAUACAAAACCAAGGCAUCGCCCCAGUAUCGUGCACCUUGGCUUUGCUUUUUGCCUCUCAAAUACCAACAGAGAGGGCUGUUUGUCUCAUAAUUGGUUACAAAGUGUUACCACAGAGACUGUAAUGACAGAAUUCGUGUGUCUCCCUUAGGGAAUUUGUAUGGUUCCUUUCAACCAUAUCACCGGUGACGCAGGCGUCAUGCUUUUGUUGCUUGAUCUUAUUUACUCGGCAUGCCAAAUGUUAACAUGGUACCAUUACCAUUGUCAGAAGAGAAUUUAUUUUUAUUUCUUUACGUGUGCAGUCAUAGCUGCUCUGUAUUCCUUCUGUAUAUGUGUGUGUGUGUGCGUGCUCCUGCACGCUGAUCUGGAAAUGAUGGUACUCAGGGUCACUUGAUGUGCCCAGGAAAAGAGUGUUUCAACAGCUACACAGUAUGUUGCAUGAGUUUUCUCAAAGUAUACUUUAUUCAGGAGAACCCUUAAAAUGCAUUAAAAAGCAGUUUGUUUUCUAUUCUCAAGUUUGUUUUGAUACUUUAAUAAAAAAGAAUUAAUAUA